AUGAUGCUUGAAUCCAUUCGUGUCACUGAGAAACUUCACUGGCCGCAGCGGGAGCUCUCCACAAAGAGACUCUUGACUCCCGAAGAACAUGAACUGAUUCUUCUCGACGAAAGCCCCGUUCAGAACCUGUCCCAGUCCGGAAUCCUUAAGGACACGUUCACCACAGGGACGAGCAGCUACAACGUCCUCCUGCAGAGCAAAGAAGGGAAAAAGCACCUGUCGCAAAAGCAUCCCUUGGUGUAUCCCAAACGGCACCGAAAGGCCGCCAAAUCCUCCUGCGCGUCGCGAAGCAGCGAGCACCGCAGGCUCCGGGCCCCCUCGCCUUUCCUUCGAGGCGGGUGGUGCUGCUUCAAUCGACAGCCUGCCCUCUUUAUCAGCCCAGUGCCCCCCGCUGGCAGGCUAGCUCACAGCUUUUCUGUGUCAGGCUGCGGCAUCGGGCCCUCCCCCAGGCCCAAGGCCAAGCGGCGUUCUUUCUCCAGCCUGACCAAACCGAAGCAGUUGCCGCCGUCCAAGGAGGGCGGUGGUGGCGACGCAGGGCGAAAACUCUGUAUCCUCACUGCCAUCAAGCCUUCCAACGUGGAGAGGGAGAAGGUGAAGUUCUUCAAGUCGGAUUAUAGCUACAAUCCACAGUUUGAGUAUGCCAGUCCGGCCAUGGCCAACGUGCUGGCGAAGUACAGCCAAGCCUCGGGCACGUUUCUAAAGCAGGCCAUCAAAAUCAUGGAGCUGACCUUGCAAAAAUACGGAAGCUAUGAAAAUUUUGAGCUGGCGACAGGAGGCAGCCUGCUUUCCAGAAGUCGUAUCUGGAACUAUGUCAGGAAAUACAUGAUGAAGGAAGGCUGCCUAGGCGAGAUUGUGGUUCACGUCACCGAAGACCUGCUUUCUCGAGCCUCGAUGACAGUCGUGAAUGGCCGUCCAACUCUGACAAUCAAUAUUGCCACUGCACGCGAGCAUUGGCUGGAAGGGAUGUUAAGGCAUGAAAUAGGGACUCAUUAUCUUAGGGGUAUUAACAACAACAGUCAACCAUGGAGCAAUGGAGCUGGUCGCAAAAAGCAUGGACUAAAACCCAUCAACCCCACGGAGGAAGGUUUGGCGAGCAUUCAUAGCGUUCUCUUCCGAAAAGACCCUUUUCUAUGGAGGGCAGCCCUUCUCUAUUACACUGUCUACCAAGCUAGCCAAAUGUCCUUUAGCGAUCUAUUUCAGGACAUUGGAAGGUUUGUCAAGGACCCCAGUACGAGGUGGGACUAUUGUGUUCGAGCCAAGAGAGGUUCGACUGAUACAUCCCAGCCAGGCUGCUUCAGUAAAGAUCAAGUAUACUUGGACGGCAUCCUUCGAAUUCUGAGAUACCGACAGUCCAUUGAUUUCUACUUACUGACGGCCCUAGGAAAGGUUUCUUAUGAGGAUGUGGAACGCCUGAAGGAAUUUGCAGUGCUCGAGAACAUGAGGGUGCCGCACUUCUUGCAAGACCACAUCCGGUACAUGGAGCACUUGGAGAAGAUCAUGGAAGUCAACGAGCUGUCAGACAAGGAGCUCCAGGCACUUGUCCCUUAGGGUGGC